UCUCUCUUGUGGAAUAACUGACAUCAACCAGAAAAAUAAAGACGAAGAUAUCCAUAAAUUUGACGAAUUUGAAGUGAACCGGCAAACAAAAUUUCAAAUCUUUGUGUGUGUUUAUUUUUUAUUCCCGAUUGAAUUCGAACUCCUCGAUAUUUAUAGUUGUUGAGCCUCUACAGUCGAUCACAUAUGGUUUCUGUGCACCCGAAUCCCCAAACGGGUCAGGGUUUUACCCAUUUCUACAAUUUCCAUUUGGGCGGGGAUCCGGCCAAGGCAGCAGACAAUAACACGACGUCGUACUGGAGCGCCGCCGCCGCCGUGGAUGAGCCCGGAAAGAAGGUCCGAAAGCCUUACACGAUCACCAAGUCGAGAGAGAACUGGACUGAGAUGGAGCACGAGAAGUUUCUAGAAGCUCUUCAUUUAUUUGAUCGUGACUGGAAGAAAAUUGGGGCUUUUGUUGGCUCAAAGACAGUAAUCCAGAUUCGCAGCCAUGCUCAGAAACAUUUUUUGAAAGUUCAAAAGAAUGGUGCGAGCGAACAUGUUCCUCCCCCACGGCCAAAGAGGAAAGCAGCUCACCCUUAUCCACAUAAAGCCCCCAAAAAAGUUGCCUCCCAACCCUCAGAACCGUUGUCUUCAGGUCCUCUUCUCGACCCCAAAUAUGCUGUGGGGCUGCAAUCAGUGUCAGUGCCCACAAAUAUGAUUAACAGCAAGUCUUUGUAUCAUUGCACUCCCCCAGUACCAACGGGCUGUUCAUCUCCUAUAUCAAGUGAUGAUUUUGCGCUGCCUGGUGGUGCCAUGAACUGGAGUAGUAGCAGUAAUGACGUUACUCCUGGCAGAUGGGCGUCUAGUGAGACGAAUAGCCACGUAAAUGAGAAAGUGGUAGGAAACAGAGCAGCUCUACCAGAUUUUGCUCAGGUUUAUCGCUUUAUUGGCCGUCUAUUUGACUCUAGUGCCAGAGAUCACUUGACAGAGCUAAAAAAGAUGGAUCCCAUAAAUAUCGAGACGGUGCUGAUGUUGAUGAACAAUCUCUCAGCCAACUUGAUCAGCCCUGAAUUUGAGAAUCAUCAUCAUCUGAAGGAUUGAAUUGGCUCAUGGAAACACUGACGUUCUCGAGAAAACAUUAUCACUUAGGAAGUUGCUGUCAAUGUACAAUGUUGAUGUCGAAAAUGACCAGACGAGCAGUGAAACCUCUUGGUAGGUUUUUGGAAGGCAAUGAGGCGGUAGUGUGAGCGACUAAGCUACUUCUUAUGGAUGGAAGUAAAUAGCAAUGUACAUUCCCUAGUUCUUGUGUAUGUGUGGUUACUCUAAACUUCACAGAUGUACUUUUAUCGCAUCUAAUCUUCUGGGAAUGGAUCAGAGUGCAAUGUGUGUAAGUAUAUAAAGUGAGGCGGGCAGUUUUGCGAUCAUCAAAGAAGAAUUGGAUGUCUUUCUGCUCCAAAAUCCAAAAAUUCCACUAAAUUUCUCUGCUGCCA